GCCUUCAAAAUGUGGUAGCACCAUAAGCUUUUGAGGCAGUUGGCUGGACUCAGCUGAAGAAGAACAGAUCUUCUCCUAGCAGAAAAAAUGGAUUUGUGCAGCUUCCUUGGUGAUGACGAUGACCUCCUGAAGGGGUUGGUCCCUUUCCGGUGGGAAGAUCCAGACCUGUCCCCCAACAGCCUGGAGCUUAGCCAGGAGGAUUCGCAAGAGGACGUCCCAGGGGACAACGGCGGGCCUCUCCUCCGAUGCCUCAAGAGGAUCUACCGAAAAACCAAGAAGGAGAAAACAAGACGGCGGAAAAAUCUGAACUCUGGAUUAGUCCCUGACCUCUCAGCCAUGGCUACGAUUUGGGAAGAAAAUGAUGGUCCUCAGUCAGCUCAGGAACCAGAGCUCUUCCUGUCCUCCUGGAGAAGCAGCAUUGAGUAUUUCAAUAGCAAAAAAGAGGAUGAUGUGAUGAAGAAAAGUUUCUUUAAAUUCCUAUCCGUCCUCAGCAAGACAAUCAACUGGACCCACAUGACUGAGUUCUUUCUCGACAAUUUUACCUCCGACGUCGUGGGAGCCAUCACUGAGAUGGUGAAACAAGAACUUCCAGAGCCCAACAUUAUCUGUCUUCAAGCGAUGAACAGCAUCACUGACUUCAGCAAGAAGCACAUCAUGAAAACCAUGGGGUCCUACAAGAAGGGUCUUCUACUCCGGACUUUCUUCAAGAGUGUCUUUUCGUUGUCCCCUAUGAAGGCAGGGCAGGAGGAAGAAGGAGUGGACUCUUCUAAUGUUCAGUACACAAAGAAUCUCUUCAUUGGAACCUACCAAGCCUUCAGCGAAAUGCUCCAGCAAUUAAUGGUGGAGAAUCCAAUUCCUUUGGAGCUAGAAAGGAUCUUGCAACUCAUGGUUCCUUGGCUGCAGUCCCCGGAGGCUGACCUGCGUGAGAGAGCCAUCUGGAGCAGUGCCUCGCUCCUCAAUUUUGUCGCCAACAAAUUGCAGCUGGAUACCAAAUCUAAGUUCUCCCACCUUGGUCAUCUGGUAGCCAUUCUGGGAAUCUGCUGCGGUGAUCCUAUCAAGUCGAUCUGUUCGAAGGCAGCCAAGAGCGUCCACCUUCUCCUCUCCAUCGUGCUGGGCCAGAAGAUUGCAAAAUUAGACCAGAAGAACGUCCACACCGACGUCAUUAAGUGGAAGCACCAGGAAUUUCUGGAGACAUGGAAUCCGAUGGUUUUUCUCAAAAAUCCUUCUAGAGUUGCUGAGGUAUUCAGCGUCUACUUCAGCCCCAGAGAGAAGACAGAUUUCCUCCUGACUGUCCUGGAUGGAGUGACCGACGCCUGCAAUAAUUUCUCUUUGGCAGCUACGGAGUCUCUUCUUGCCAGCAUUGCAAGGACCUGCGGCCCAGAAAUGGAAAAGGUACCCGAUAUUAUAGAAGGCAUCUGCAGCCGUUUGAACCUGAUCCGUCGGCCGAGCACCAGAAGACUGCUAAUGAAGUUGGUGGGGCUGUUGGCAGGCAGGACCGAGCACUUAGAUACCGUUAUCUCAAGUCUUCUGGAACAUUCCGUCUCAACAGACAGCAGUCCAUCUGAGCUGUGGCGCUCUCUUUCGGCUGAGGAAAUGAUUGAAGAACAACUUCUGGAGAACUUGCUUACCAGGCUGCAGAGCCAACAUAAGAUGGAGCUGCAACCACCUUCUCUAUCCAUCUCUUUGACCCAAGCUCUCUACGAGGUCAUCUCCGUCCUGGAGUCCAGGGACACCAUCCAAGGCCUUUUUCCAGAGCUUCUGAUGACCUUUCUUGUGGAGCUUCAUUUCAGCAGCCAGAGGGACUCCCUGCCAGAUGAGGACUUCCUCCAGCAGUGCGGACAGGUCAAAGGUCAAGUCAGUUUUGCCGUGGAGGCCAUCAAGAUGCUCCUCAUACGGAUUGGAUGUCGGUACGAGGUGACGUUCAUGGAGAAGACGCGGGGAUGGUCGAUGCUACAAUGCAGCAGGGAACUCCUGAAGGGCAGCGCCCUCCUGGCCAGAGCCAUGCUGCAUUUUUGCUGCCCUGAGAUUAUCAGGGUCCUGGAUUUGCUAUUUUCUGUCCUCAGCAAAAACAGUGAAACACACAAGCCGACAAUCAUCGCCGUCUUUGUCGAGCUUCUUCACUACCAAGACAUCGAUCAGUUCCCCUCAGAACAGAUCUUUGAGAGCCUUGAAGAAUGGAUCCAAAACCCCAGUGCAGAUAUUCGGUCUCUUGCCGUGAGAGCCCUUGGCAUCCUGGCCAUCCAUCCAGACAAGGUGGAGGAAGUCAAAGUCUUGAUGCCCACCCUCUUGGGAAGUCUGGAAGAAACGGACAACGGCGUCAUCUUGGAAGCCGUCACCGCCCUCCAAAACGUGCUGAGGUUCAUGCAGAGAAGCGACGUUGUGACUCUGGCAGAGAAGCUCCUUCCGUUGUUUAGCGCGGCAGAAGCUAAAGUGCGCAGCUGCGCCAUCGUUCUCUUUGCCGAGCUGCCCAGUUUGGUGAAGAAGAAGGAGAAGUAUCUCAUCCAGGAGCAGGUCAAUCAAAGCCUGGUCCCCCUGUUGCUUCACCUGCAAGACGAGGAACCGGAUGUCGCGAAGAGUUGCCAGGAAGCCCUUCUCAGAUGCUUCCGGUUUCUGGGUUGGUCCCUUCCGAAGAAGAUCAGCAGCAAGAAAGCCUGGCACGAUCACCCGCUGAUCCCAGAGAGCCUCUGCCGUCAAAUUGUGAGUUACACUUCGUCCUUUGCAGGAUCUUAUGUGAAUCAACUGACUGGCAUUUUGUCCCUGUUCCCGCAGAGUUGCCAGGAAGCCCUUCUCAGAUGCUUCCGGUUUCUGGGUUGGUCCCUUCCGAAGAAGAUCAGCAGCAAGAAAGCCUGGCACGAUCACCCGCUGAUCCCAGAGAGCCUCUGCCGUCAAAUUUCCUGGAAAGUAAAAACCAUCCCAGCCGUCUUGCUCCAAUGCCUGGAUCAUCUUCAGUGUCCCCAGGUUUCCAUCCGGAGAGCAGCUACCAUCUUUAUCGGCUGUGUCACUCAAUCGGCAGAUCCUGUGGCCAUCACUCAAGAGAACAAGGACUUGAUAUUCAUCUCCCUUUCCAAACUGCAGCACGACCCCGAUCCUUCGGUCCGCGUGGCCGCCAUGGAAGCCAUGCAGAUGGUCCAGGAUGCCUGCGGGGGCCCCUCCAUCGCGCUGCGAAGCCAGACUCAUUUCAACCUGGAGAGGGAAGAACGGCUCUUCUCUCAGGGACACUGGGAAGCGCCGGAUCCUUCCCUGACCCAUCGUUGGAAUCCAUCGUCUCCGGUCUCUCAUAGGAUCGUGACUGGCUUCGUCAGGAGGCGACAGUCCGGGGCGACACGCCAAACUUGACCCACCUCCAUGGGAAGGAUGGCAGAGCACGCCAGGCAGCUGGUUCCUCAAGGAGUGAUGGGCUGCAGCAGAACUGAUCUAGAACCUCCCAAUCUCGAAGGGAUCCUUGCGAGAAAGCUGGCGUCGGAUGCGGUCCAGUCCUGCGGUAGUGUCCAGAAAUCCAAGGCGGUCCCGGCAAGUGUCCGUUUUCUCCUGCCACAACUCUGAGCAACUUACAAGGAUGAGGAACAAAUUGGAAAGGGAAUGAAAACUGCCCCGCCGAGAAGAAUCGGCAACGAUUGAAAGCAGCCAACUCAAACUCGAUCCAGAACUGGGAACUGCAGGAUGGGAAUUUUUUUGGGAAUUAAAACAAUAUCUGGAAUCUGCUGGGGAGCAAGACCAAGGAGCUUCAUGGCAGAUGAGGCAGCCUCCUGAAGAACAGAUCAAACCAAGACUACAAACCCCUAAUAUGUGAUAGAAAACCCAGAAUAAUUCAUUCUUACUUCAGAAGAAUGCACAAUAAAUAAAGAUUUCAAAA